AUGCCUCCAAAGGUUUCUGCAAAAGGUGCUAAAAAAGCGGUCAAGGCCCAAAAGCCGAGAACUGGCGACAAGAAGAAGAAAAAUCGGAGAAAGGAGUCCUACUCGGUCUACGUUUAUCGUGUUCUGAAGCAGGUCCACCCUGACACCGGAAUCUCUUCGAAGGCGAUGUCAAUCAUGAAUUCUUUUGUCAACGAUGUUUUCGAAAGGAUUGCUGCUGAGGCUAGCCGGCUUGCCCAGUACAAUAAAAGGUCCACAAUUUCAUCUCGCGAGAUCCAGACUGCAGUCAGGCUCAUUUUGCCUGGAGAACUUGCGAAGCAUGCAGUGUCGGAAGGCACCAAGGCUGUUACAAAAUACACCAGUUCUAAGUAG